UGACGGAGUAGGUGAGUAUGAUGAAGCCUUUUGCGUGGCAAAAAAAUAUCGCUGGUUCAUUUAUAUAAGAAAUAUUUCAUCGAAUUUGUUAAAAAGUAUUAAAAAUUAUUGAAAAAUAUUAUAGUUGAUAUAUACAUAUAUAUAUAUAUUAUAUAUAUAUAUAUAUAUAUAUAUAUAUAUAUAUAUAUAUAUUAAGGCAAAUUUUAUAUUGUGUUGGCCGGUUAUGUUGUUGAUGGUAUUUUAUACAACAACAAUUUGUUUUAAUUCAGUUGCAAUGAUUUAACAUGCACUAAUAGUUCAGUCCGUAAACAAGUUAAUUUAGUAUUUCAGGCUAAAAUUGAAAAAAUAUAAUAAGAGAUAAAUUAAAAAUUUGUUUUUGAAUAUUUCAAUCUAAAGGACAAUAGGAUAUAUCGAGUUUGAAAUAUUUUGUUUGAGAAGUUAAAGGAAGAAGGUCUGUUACGCUUUUCCUAGAAAGAAAAAGGUAUUUUUUCCUGAAAAGUCGGAAAAAUGAGCCUCAAAAGCUUACCGCCGGGAUACUCAGUCGAGAAUCCCAAUCCCAUUCCAUACCCUCAUCCGUCAGUACCACAGCCGUUCAAUCUGUAUUACAUACAACUAUCCCCACAACAGACAGCCCGCCAACAAUCAUCUCCGGCUUCACCUCCAUCGUCAUCAGAGCAGCAGCAGCAGCAGCGACAGGAGCUGCCUCAGAGUGACCCACCUCCCUACGUCCCAUACGAAACUGACCCGCCUCCGAUUUACUACGCACCACAUUCGCAGGAAAGAUUAACCCACGACACAGAUGGUAGUAGUGGUAAUGGUGGUAGUGGUGGCCAAGAAACGAACGUUCGAUCGCGAACGGUUUCGACGAAUAAUCACGUGACUGGGGCUAUCAUUCUAUCGGCUCUUGUUUUCUUGUUUUUUGGAUGCAUCUUCGGAUUAUGUGCUCUCAUUUACGCCAUACUUGGCAAGCAGUCAGCGUCGCGAGGCGAUUACAGAACGGCCUGGAGACAUAUCAUCUACUCCUACAUCCUCUCAUUCUUUGGUUUCAUAGUCGGCCUCUCAACCGUCAUCAUCUUCAUCAUCUACGCCAACAACAUUCAUUCGAAGGAUACGAUCGUUCCUCGUUGUUGCGGCUGAAGACUAUGAUGAUGACGACGACGAUGAUGAUGAGGAUGAUGAGAUAAUGAUGACGGUUGUAGUGAGAUAUUAAUGGUGAUAGUAGCGAGAUAAUGAUGAUGAUUGUGAUAAAAUAACAAUGAUGAUGAUCCUGAUGAUGACCGUAAUGCUAUUUGUGAUUUAAAAUUAUGAUGACGAAAACGGUUAGAUGACUAAUACUAAUGAUACAACACACACAAACACACAUACACACAACAUACACACAUACAUUACACAAAGACACACACACACUUACAAACACACACAAAUACAUACAUACAUACACACAUAUAUAUACACACAAAAUCAAUUCUACACCUACUACCAAAUACAACAUGCUUAAGUUUACAGUUAAUAACUGAGCCGUUCGUUUAAAAAACACGUUCAUGCACCAGUAUUUCAAAUAGAUUUCAAUUUUAAAUGUUAUUUUUUGUUUUUUUUUUUUAUAAAUAAUCGUUUUAUUAUUGCCAAUAUUUCUGCUAUAAAUAUUUUUUUAUUUUUAUUUUUCCAACCCAUCAGCUGACUGUUGGAUGAAUUCCAUCGUCAACAGACGAGAAAAGAUACAAAACCAAAAAAAAUAAUAAUAUACUAUUUCUUA